AUGAAGCUCCUCGGUUGGAUGCACCGAAAGUUACGACAGAAUAGUAAUGAUGUGUUCAAAGAGUUCAACAACGGUGGAGGUGGGACCUGCAACUGCAUCACCGGGCUGGACUCACCGGACCCGGCCACCUUCCUCGCCUCUGCCAACGAAUACUUCGCCGGCGACCACCACUUCACCAACAAUCACUCAUCGCCGCCGGACGCCGACCUCUUCACCUUUGGCGGCAGCGGGCUCCUCACCAUUGGCACUCUAGGCAUCGCCGCUGUCGCGGUCCCAGCAAACGCCGACGACGAUGAUUACGAUGUCGACGUCGACGUCGAUGCAGACUCCGACUCUGACGACAACGACGACACCGCGGAUGAGGGAGACAAGGUCGACAGCGCCGUGACGCCCACAUUCACAUACACAGCCACAGCGCCGCCUCCGCCAGAGUCCGCGGCGGUCGUCGAGAAGGCUGCAGUCGCCGUGGUCGAGGCCAUUGCCGAGAAGGACGACGAUACCACCACGGAGGACGACCUGAUGGUAGUGAGUGCGGAGCUGGAGAAGGUCCUCGGUGGCCGCAACAGCGGCGCGUCCGGCGACCUGGUGGCGUCGGCGCGGGUGAGCUUCGCCAUGGGCGGCGUGGACUGCCCGCUGCAGGGCUUCCUGUUCGGCUCCCCCGUGAGCGACGCCGAGUCGCGCCUGGAGCAGCCGCGGGAUAGCAACGGCGGCCGGCGCACCUCGCUCGGCGAGCUGUUCAUGCGCACGCGCUUCGCCGACGAGAAGGUGGCGCUCGUCGCCGUCGAGGAGGGCGAGGACGGCGGCGGGGAUGGAGCUGCCGGUGGAGAAAGGGACGACGGGAAACCAGGGAAAGGCUGCGGCUUCCACAAGACAAUGAAGAAGAGGAGGGUGAAGGAUGAGAAAGUCCCCGGCGGUGAUGGAGCGCCGGCGAGUGCAGCGGUGACCAAGAGUAAGUUUCAGAAGAUCCUCCAAAUCUUCCACAGGAAAGUGUACCCUGAGAGCGCGGCCCUGGUCCGGAACCUGACCAAGAAGAGCCGCAGACGCGGCAGCGGCGCCGACGAGCCCGCCGAGCCGGCGUCGUCCAAGCUCCGGUGCCGCAAGGAGCAGCGCACGCCGGGGUUCGGCUGCUGCGCCAACCGCGCCUCCUUCGGUGGCGCCGCUUCUCCCAUCCACGACGACGACGAGGAGCUCAACAGCAGCAAGAGCGGCCACUGGAUCAAGACCGACGCUGAAUUCGCAAAAAGCAGUCUUGACAGAGAGACUUUCCAUACUGUUAUCGGCAAAGAAUAG